CCCUCUCUCUCUCUACACGCGCUCUAAUUACAUAUUGUCUCCGCCGCACUCUUCCCUCGUUUUCUCUCUCAUCGCCGUCUGAAAAUGCCAAGGGCAAAGAGAAGGUCGUCAUCUGCCUCCAAGGACGAUGCAUUGGUUUCUUCAGAGAAACGGCCAAAGAUAGAAGAAAAGAAGGAAGAGGAUGAGGAAGUUUCUGUGGUUCCCGAUCUGGUAUCUCCGGCGAAAAGCUCCGGUGGAAAGUCGGAGAAGCCAAAGGUGAGGUCGAAGGCGAAGGAGAAGGUGAAGGACGAGGUAGAGGAUGCGGAGGAGAGUCGAUUUGUUGGAGAUCCGGUUCCUGCCGAAGAAGCUCGACAGCGAUGGCCUCUUAGGUACCUGCAAAAAAAUAAGGCUGGAAAGACAGAGAGCUUGGAAACCCCAAAAGGGGUGGAGCCACCAAAGGAGCUUAUGCAAGCUAAAAGACACUUUACUGAAGCACUUGUUGAUGGCCGUGUUCUGUUCAAGCUUGGAGACGAUGGUUAUGUCCAGGCUGGUGAGGGUGAAGACAGUUACAUCUGUAGAGUUGUAGAGAUGUUUGAAGGAGUGGAUGGAACUUCAUAUUUUAGUGCUCAAUGGUUCUACAGGGCUAAAGAUACAAUUAUUCAAGCUUGUUCAAACUUAAUUGAUGAUAAGCGUGUCUUCCUUUCUGAAAUCAGGGAUGACAAUCCUCUUGAUUGCCUCUUGCAAAAGCUUCAAAUAGUGCGGGUGCCUUUAGAUGCUGAUGUAAGUGAGAAGCAAGCAAAACUUGGUGAUGGAGACUACUACUAUGACAUGUCAUACUUGGUGCCUUAUUCAACUUAUCAGAACUUGCCACCUGAUGCUGAAGCAGAUGGGAAUGAGUCCGAUUCAACCAUUUCAUCUGAGUCUGAUGUUAAUGGAGCUGUUAAUGAAGAAUCUCAAAGUCAAAACAACAAAAGAUCAGAAAUGAGAAUGCUAGAUCUUUACUCAGGUUGUGGGGCUAUGUCUACAGGACUUUGUUUGGGUGCUAAUAUGGCUGAUGUUAACCUUGUCACUAGGUGGGCUGUUGAUUUGAAUCAAUAUGCAUGUCAAAGCUUGAAGCUGAACCAUCCAGAGACAGAGGUGAGGAAUGAAUCAGCAGAAGAUUUUCUGCAAUUGCUGAAAGAGUGGGAGAAGCUUUGCCAGUCUUAUUCCUUAGUUGGAGGUGGUGAAUCUCAACAGAAAGAAGAACCUGCAGUCAUUGAAGAAGAUGAAGAAGAAGAGGAUGAUGUUGAUGUAGAUAAUGUGGAAAUUUUUGAGGUCGAGCAGAUUUUGUCCAUAUGCUAUGGUGAUCCAAAGGAGUUAAAGAAGCCUGGGGUUUACCUUAAGAUCCGGUGGAAGGGUUAUGGGCCUGAAGAAGACACCUGGGAGCCAAUAGAGGGCUUAAGUGAUUGUCAUGACAAGAUAAAAGAGUUUGUUGUUAAUGGUUUCAAAUCAAAGCUUUUGCCUUUGCCUGGGGAUGUUGACGUCAUCACGGGUGGCCCUCCAUGUCAAGGGAUAAGUGGAUUCAACCGUUUUAGGAACAAAGACAAACCUUUAGAAGACGAAAAAAACAAACAACUUGUUGUCUACAUGGACAUUGUAGAGUAUCUAAAGCCAAGAUUUGCGUUAAUGGAAAACGUGGUGGAUAUCGUCAAGUUCGCUAAAGGGUUUCUGGGCCGAUAUGCUUUGGGCCGGCUCGUGUCCAUGAACUACCAAGCCCGGGUCGGUUUAAUGGUUGCCGGUUCUUACGGACUUCCACAGUUCCGCAGACGUAUGUUCAUGUGGGGUGCCCGGCCUAGUGAGAAAUUACCGCAGUACCCUUUACCCACGCAUAACGUCGUCACGAGGGGAGUGUCUCCAUUGGAAUUUGAGUCAAAUACUGUUGUUCAUGACGAUGGUCUUAAAGUUGAAUUAGAGAAAGAACUCUACCUGGGUGACGCCAUUUCUGAUCUUCCUCCUGUACCAAAUGACGAGACAAGAGAUGAAAUGCCCUACGGGGGAAAACCCAAAACAGAAUUCCAAAAGUUCAUUAGUCUCAAAAAGACCGAUAUGCCUGGGUGUGUGGCAUCUGGUAAAGAAGCUUCAGAUCAUCUUCUAUAUGAUCAUCGUCCACUGAAGCUAAACGACGAUGAUUACCAACGUGUCUGCCAAAUCCCUAAGAAAAAGGGUGCAAAUUUCCGGGAUUUGAAAGGUGUCAGGGUUAAAGCUGACAAUCAUGUUGAAUGGGAUCCUGAUGUCGAAAGAGUCUACUUACCUUCUGGAAAGCCAUUGGUUCCCGAUUAUGCUAUGACUUUUGUGGAUGGUCGAUCACAAAAACCCUUUGGGCGACUAUGGUGGGAUGAAACUGUACCAACAGUUGUCACAAGAGCAGAGCCUCACAACCAGGCAAUUCUUCACCCUCUUCAAGAUCGAGUGCUGACUAUUCGUGAGAAUGCUAGACUUCAAGGUUUCCCUGAUUACUAUAAACUUCUGGGCCCCAUCAAAGAAAGGUACAUUCAAGUUGGAAAUGCGGUAGCUGUUCCAGUAGCAAGAGCCUUAGGGUACUCACUGGGAAUGUCAUGUAAGGGAAACGCAGGUGGUGAGCCUGUUUUCAGUUUGCCUCCAAAAUUCCCAAACCUACAACCGGUGACAUCUCCUUCUGUGGUUCAAGAAAAUGAGUAAUUAUUUUAAAGCAGUUAAUAAUUAGUAACGAAGGAAGAGACCUUUUUUUCAUCAUCAAUCCGCUUUAGCCACAAAUUGGCUGUGGAAUUACCCAUCUUCAUCAUGUAGUAGCCUUUUAAUUUAUAUGCAGUUUUGAGGUUCAAACAUUGCCUUCUUCCUGUUGUAACUUUGCAAUGAUGCAUGUGAUACUGAUAAUGCCACAACUCUUAUUGUCUUUCAAUGUAUUUUAUCGAUGCCACUUGUAUCUUUUCUGAA